AACCCAUAAUCCAUAACUUCCGAUUUUAAUUAAAGCUUUUGCAAACACCACCGGCGGUGGCAUUCCUGAAAUUAACCCAUGUUUUCAGGGCAAACAUAAAAAAAGUUUUCGAUUUCCCGCCCAUCGCCUCCCCAAUAGAAUGGGCAUUAAAUUAAAAAAAUAAUUAACAUUUUAUUUUACUGCUCUCUGCAAAUAAGCCUUUUGAAUUUCCCUCUGACACUCUCCAUUUUUCUGCACUUCCUCUCAUUCUUCCCUGGGGUUUUGCUUCCACGGAGGAGAUUUGAAAGCGGCUCAUCUCUCUAGAAAAAAAUCAAAAUCCGAAAAUCUUCGAAAAAAAUCAAGUACAGUUUCAAAUCGUCGUACGAGGGUUUGAAGAUACGCUAUGGCUGAUAACGAAGUGAAGAGCGAGGCUGUAGCAGAUUCUCCGACUUCUGUUCUCGAAGAAGAGGACUGCAAGGAAAACAUUGGCUUUAAAACGGAGGUAGAGGAUGAUGCUGAAACUAUAGGUUGUUCUCUUAUUCCGGAAACCAUGGAAGAGGAGGAAAAGAAACUACAGGAAGAGCGGUUGAAAGAAGAGGAAGAGGAAGAAAGGAGAAAUAAGGCUAAAGAAGAACCUCACUUGAAUGACACGCAAUUCACUAAACUGGAUGAGCUUUUAUCACAGACCCAACUUUACUCCGAGUUUCUGCUGGAGAAAAUGGAUGAUAUUACGAAGAAUGGGGUGGAAGAUGAUGAGAAAAUCGUUACGGAAGUCAAAAAAGGCCGUGGUUCGAAAAGAAAGUCUGCUGCAAGUUAUAAUAAUAAGAAAGCCAAGAGAGCUGUUGAAGCCAUGCUUACAAGAUCUAAAGAUGGUGUUUCUGCUGAAGAUUCGACCCUUACUCAGGAAGAGAGAACUGCUAAAGAGCAGGCUGAACUGGUACCCCUCUUGACUGGUGGAAAAUUGAAGUCUUAUCAAAUUAAAGGCAUAAAAUGGAUGAUCUCACUGUGGCAAAAUGGACUCAAUGGGAUCCUUGCCGAUCAAAUGGGGCUUGGAAAAACAGUUCAAACUAUUGGUUUUCUUGCACAUCUCAAAGGAAAUGGAUUACACGGGCCUUAUUUGGUUAUUGCUCCUCUGUCAACUCUCUCAAAUUGGAUGAGUGAAGUAGAGAGGUUUACACCCUCAUUGGAUGCAAUCGUUUAUCACGGUGACAAAAAAUGUAGGGAUGAAAUGAUAAGAAAGCACAUGCCAAGGACAGUUGGUCCUAAAUUCCCUAUUGUCAUUACUUCUUAUGAAAUUGCAAUGAGUGAUGCACGACGAGCAUUGAGGCAUUACAAGUGGAAAUACCUGGUUGUUGACGAGGGACACAGAUUGAAGAACUCAAAAUGUAAAUGUGAAGAACUGAAAUGGCUGACUGUUGAAAACAAGCUUCUCUUGACCGGCACACCUCUGCAAAACAACUUAGCCGAGCUCUGGUCACUGUUGAAUUUCAUUCUUCCUGAUAUUUUUUCAUCCCAUGAAGAGUUUGAGUCAUGGUUCGAUUUUUCAGGGAAGUGUGCUAAUGAAGCCCUCAAGGAAGAAAUGGAAGAGAAAAGAAGGGCACAGGUAGUGGCCAAACUCCAUUCUAUAUUGCGACCAUUUCUGCUACGCAGAUUGAAAGCAGAUGUGGAACAAUUGCUCCCUCGUAAGAAAGAGAUUAUCUUGUAUGCAACAUCAACUGUGUAUCAGAAAAACUUCCAGGAACAUCUUAUUAAUAGGACACUGGAGGGUCACCUCAUUGAGAAAACUAAUUAUGCUUAUGGUAUGAGAGGAAAGCUCAACAAUUUGAUGAUUCAGCUUCGUAAGAACUGCAACCAUCCCGAUCUGUUGGAGUCUGCAUUUGAUGGUUCCUAUUUUUAUCCGCCUGUGGAUCAGAUAGUUGAGCAGUGUGGCAAAUUUCAGUUACUGGAUAGAUUAUUAACUAAGCUGUUUGCUCGCAAGCACAAAGUUUUGGUAUUUUCUCAAUGGACGAAGAUCUUGGAUAUAAUGGAGUACUAUUUUAGUGAAAAGGGUCUUGAAGUCUGCAGAAUUGAUGGCAAUGUUAAAUUGUCAGAAAGAAAACGACAGAUACAGGAAUUCAAUGACGUGGACAGUAGUUACAGAAUCUUUCUCCUUAGCACCCGUGCUGGUGGGCUCGGUAUUAAUCUUACUGCAGCUGAUACCUGCAUUUUGUACGACAGUGACUGGAAUCCUCAGAUGGAUUUACAGGCAAUGGACAGGUGUCACAGAAUCGGUCAAACGAAACCUGUUCAUGUUUACAGGCUAGCCACUGCUCAGUCUGUUGAGGGUCGAAUUCUGAAAAGAGCUUUUAGCAAGUUGAAGCUCGAACAUGUGGUAAUUGGAAAGGGACAGUUUAAGCAGGAGAGGUCCAAGACUGAGGGAAUAGAAACUAUGUCGGAAGAGGAAUUGCUAGCACUUCUUCGUGACGAAGACAACGAAGAGGACAAAUUGAUACAGACUGAUAUCAGCGACGAAGAUCUUGAAAUAGUUUUGGACCGUAGUGACCUCAUCGUUAAUUCAGUCGAGUCGAAACAAAAAAGUGUGCUUCCUCUAAAAGGACCUGGUUGGGAGGUUGUUAUUCCUACUGCUACCGGAGGAAUGCUCUCUACUCUCAACAGCUAAAAAAACAAACGACAUGCUAUUUCGAAAGGCGUCGGCAUCGUUUUUGUUGUUAUUUUUGAGCUCUCAUUGGUUUGUUCCUCUCAUUUUUUGUAUGUAAUAUCUGGAGAGGAAUGGUUAUUAUCUAUCUCUAUUUGGAUUGGCUAUUGGAGAAGUUUGGCAAAGUCAACAUAUUAUGGGGUGUUUUAAGAUUAGUAUUUAAGACAUUGAUUGUAAUAGAUUUUUGUUGUAAGCUGUAAGAUUGUUAAAUGAGCUUAUUUUUGUAUGGAUCUGCCAUUGAAAAAGUCAGGUGCUCUGAUUUGUGGCCUUUUAGUCUU